AUGUUCUCGUUAGGUGUGGCAGAACGCUCCUGGGAUGAGGAUGACGAACGUGUGCAAAAGCAGCAGCAGCAACAACAACAACAACAACAGUCUAUGCCAUCGAUGAAUACAAGCGGUGAAUAUGGAAUGGGUACUGGCUCUGCCCUGGCAUUUGCACCGCAUAUGCGCGGAAACUUUGCCGGAACCGUGGAGCGACAGCGGUUGCAACCGUUUAUUGGCGGUCUCCAACCGGGAUCACAGCAACAGCCUUCAUCAGCGUCAUGGUCACGCUAUACAGCAUUGGAUUUUGAGCUUCUUCUCCAUGAAGGAAAACAGCCUACAGAAGACAUGCGUCGCUCAGUGGCGUACAUGCGAUGGUACAACAGCAAGAGGUUGCAUGAAAGCCAGCUGCCCCCACCACUGACAGAUGCCCGCCAGAACACAACGGAUAUUAUUGAGGAGCCAUGGGAGGGCACCUCCACAGUACGUAUGACGGGGCGAAUGAAUUUGCCUGGAGGGGGAGUGUUGGAAACUGGAAAGGGAGCCAUUCGCUUAGAGCUGGACGCGAAAAACCUGCAGCAAUCCAACGAGCAACACUCUUUUAACCCCUACGCAGCUGGGUUUCAACAUGACAAUAUGCUGAGCCCGGGGACGCAGUUUUUUGGAGCUUAUGCGCCAACACCGUUAGCGACUAUGGCCACGCCGAAUACUUUACGUGCCUACGCUCACUCUCGCAUGGGUGCGCAGAAUAGCAGUGCUAGCAAUAAUAAUGAGCGUGAUGUGCCGCAAGCCGUCCCUCCCGUGGCGACCCAGCCUCUCUACACUGAAUGGAAUUCCACGGCAGAUUUUUGCGGGGGAACAAAUGCGUUACCAACUCUGAACCAGCAAUACUAUACACAAGAACCUAUGAAUCCAUUUGAUUAUUACACUGACUCCGCCGUAACUGGUUAUUACAACGCAGCUGUGGCUAGUAUGCCUGAUGCGACGCAUGUGCAGCCCGCAUUUGUGGCGAUGGGAUCUGCUAAUAACCCGGGUAUGAUGCAGGGUGCAGGCGGUCGUGGUAGACGGGGUGGCGCUGGAAGUGGGGGGAGAGGCCGCGGGGCGAGCAGUGGAAAAUGGAAUCCCGCUGGUGUGAAGCCGUCAGGUCGUGGCGUUCCCUACAGCGAGCCGCUUCAACCACGCUCUGCGCGUCUGGAAGAAUUCCGUGUAGAUGCUAUGAACGGCACAAUCAGCCAUUGGCGCAUUUCUCAUAUCUUGGGCUACGCUGUAGAGUUUGCGCAGGAUCAGGAAGGUAGCCGAUUUAUCCAGAGAGCUGUGGAGAGUGCGACCCAUGAUGAGGUGGACGCUCUCUUCCAUGAAAUCUUCGAAUCCCCUCUGGUCCUUGUGACAGACAUAUUUGGCAAUUAUGUGUUGCAAAAACUUCUUGAAGUAGGUAAUGCACGUCAGCUGGCACAUGCAGCGACGCGAUUGCAAAAUAAUGUGGUGUCUCUCACCCUUCAAACAUACGGUUGCCGUGUGAUUCAAAAAUGCAUUGAGGUGAUGCCUCCCGAGGGGCUAGAUAUUAUACUGGCAGAGCUAAAGGGAAACGUGGCGAAGUGUAUUCAAGAUCAAAAUGGAAAUCAUGUUGUGCAAAAGUGUGUGGAAGUUACGCCACAACGUUGUGGGUUUAUUGUGUCAGCCUUUACGGGACGUGUGAUGGAGUUGGCAACUCACGCCUAUGGUUGUCGUGUGAUUCAGUGUAUCAUGCAACAUUGCCCGGAUCAAGAAGAAGUCAUCUUUUCAGAGAUAUUAAAAUGCGUUGAUACCUUGGCAAAAGAUCAAUAUGGAAACUACGUCAUUCAACAUGUGUUACAGCAUAUGAAGGACGAAAAUAAGGUGACUCGUGUUUUUAAUGCGUUGAAGGAUGAUUUCUACGAGUUUAGCAAGCAGAAAUUUGCCUCCAAUGUCAUGGAAAAGAUCUUUGUUCGCGCAGACCCAGAACAACGCAUGGAACUUAUUCAGAAGCUCUGCGCCCCCGUGGAGGGCCUGGAAACGGCACCUGUGGAAGUCUUGGCCUUCAAGCGUUUGCCCCCAGUUAAGAAGGAAGAGACUGAAAAGCAGCGUAACGGAUACGCAAAGAAAGGCCGACGUGACAAGGAACGCGAACGGGAAAAGGAGAGCGCUGGAGGGCCAGUGAUUGAAGUGCAUUCAGACGGCAAAGAGGCACCAAGUAUGCUCUGUCUCAUGAUGCAGAAUCCCUUUGCCAAUUAUGUUGCUCAGCGUGUACUGGACGCGGCGGAUGUGGACCAGUUCUGGUGCCUGGUUGACAACAUUCAGAAGUACCUCAUACCCAUCAGCAGUUACACUUACGGUGCCCCCAUUGUGCAGCGCCUGGUCCGCCGCGAACUGGUAAAGGCUCCAGAAGAUCUUGUCUUCAACCUCUCUACCGCCCACCCAGGCUCAGGUGGGAAGGGCAACCAUGCCCAUCACCGCAAGAGGAUCGCUGAAGCUGACGGCAACGCGUAG